CCGAGCCCAGAGCUCCGGGCGGUCGCAUUGUUUUCCUCCGCGGAUCCGCGGCGGGAGUGGGGGCUGCGACUCGGACCUAGGGCUCUCGUGACCGACAGUCCCCCGGAGCCCACCUGCAAGCUUCACCCAGUUGGGACGACAGUCAUCUCUCGCCUGGGCGCCCACCACAGACAGAACUCUGCGCGGUGCGGGCUGCUGGCCGCCCGCCGCGAUCUCGAUCCCGCUACCCCGGAUCUCGGAGCAAGUACCGGGGCAGAGCGGCGUGGGGCAGGCGGGAGGAAGCGGCUCCGCAGGUUGGAGGUCUCCUCUCCCCUUCAAUCCCCCUAGGAGUUACCAUCCCAGGGCCAGCAUAUGGGUGAAGGGGCACCCCCUGGGGCCUGAGCUGCCCCACACAGGAUGCUCCGUGUCCCCUACUUCAUGCCCCUGCUGCUGCUCUUGCUGCUGCUCUCACUUCCCUAUCCCGGAGCCACCUUUCCCCAGGACCCCCUCCCUCUGUUGAUCUCUGACCUACAAGGUAUUUCCCCAUUAUCCUGGUUCCGGGGCCUGGAGGAUGAUGCUGUGGCUGCAGAACUUGGGCUAGACUUUCAGAAAUUCCUGACCUUGAACCGGACCUUGCUAGUGGCUGCCCGGGAACACGUUUUCUCCUUCGAUCUUCAAGCCCAAGAAGAAGGGGAGGGGCUGGUGCCCAACAAGUAUCUAACAUGGAAGAGCCAAGAUAUGGAGAACUGUGCUGUCCGGGGAAAGCUGACGGACGAGUGCUACAACUACAUUCGUGUUCUCGUUCCCUGGGACUCCCAGACGCUGCUUGCCUGUGGAACGAACUCAUUCAGCCCUGUGUGCCGCAGCUAUGGGAUAACUUCACUGCAGCAGGAGGGUGAGGAGCUGAGCGGGCAGGCUCGGUGCCCCUUUGAUGCUACCCAGUCCAACGUGGCCGUCUUUGCAGAGGGCAGCCUGUACUCAGCCACGGCUGCGGAUUUCCAAGCCAGCGAUGCCGUUGUUUACAGAAGCCUUGGGCCUCAGCCCCCGCUCCGCUCCGCCAAGUACGACUCCAAGUGGCUGAGAGAGCCACACUUUGUCCAUGCCUUGGAACAUGGAGACCAUGUCUACUUCUUCUUCCGAGAAGUCUCUGUGGAGGAUGCCCGGCUGGGUAGGGUGCAGUUCUCCCGGGUGGCCCGUGUUUGUAAACGUGACAUGGGUGGCUCACCUCGGGCCUUGGACCGCCACUGGACAUCCUUCCUGAAGCUGCGGCUCAACUGCUCUGUCCCUGGGGACUCUACGUUCUAUUUUGACGUCUUGCAGGCCUUGACUGGGCCUGUGACCCUGCAUGGCCAUUCUGCUCUCUUUGGAGUCUUUACCACCCAGACCAAUAGCAUCCCUGGCUCUGCAGUCUGUGCCUUUUACCUGGAAGACAUUGAACAUGGGUUUGAGGGCAAGUUCAAGGAACAGAGGAGUCUGGAUGGUGCUUGGACCCCCGUGUCUGAGGACCGGGUCCCCUCACCCAGGCCAGGAUCCUGUGCAGGUGUGGGUGGGGCAGCCCUCUUCUCCUCUUCUCGAGACCUUCCUGAUGAUGUCCUGACCUUCAUCAAGGCUCACCCACUGCUAGACCCUGCUGUGCCACCUGCCACCCACCAGCCUCUCCUCACUUUCACUAGCAGGGCUCUACUAACCCAGGUGGCUGUGGAUGGCACAGCUGGUCCCUACAGAAACACUACUGUCCUGUUCCUUGGCUCCAAUGAUGGCAUGGUGCUGAAGGUGCUGCCUCCAGGCGGGCAACCUGGGCGACCCGAACCUAUCCUAUUGGAAGAGAUUGAUGCCUACAGCCCCUCCCGGUGCAGUGGGAAGCGAUCAGCCCAAACAGCAAGACGGAUCAUAGGGCUGGAGCUGGACAUUGAGGGUCACAGACUCUUUGUGGCUUUUUCUGGCUGUAUUGUCUACCUCCCUCUCAGCCACUGUGCCCGGCAUGGGGCCUGUCAGAGGAGCUGUUUGGCUUCUCAGGACCCAUACUGUGGAUGGCAUAGUUCCAGAGGUUGUGUGGACAUCAGGGGAACUGGUGGGACUGAUGUGGAUCAGGUUGGCAACCAGGAAUUCACAGAGCAUGGCGAAUGCCAAGAUGGAGCUACUGGAAGUCAGUCAGGCCCUGGGGAUUCUGCUUAUGUGUUUCUGAGUCCUGGCCCUUCCCCUGAGACCCCCAGUCCCCCCAGUGAUGCCCACCCCGGGCCCCAGUCUUCCACUCUUGGAGCUCACACUCAGGCAGGUGUGCGCCGGGACCUCCUCCCGGCCUCGGCUUCCCGCUCUGUCCCGAUACCACUGCUCUUGGCCAGUGUAGCCGCAGCCUUCGCCCUGGGCGCCUCAGUCUCUGGCCUCCUGGUUUCCUGUGCUUGUCGCCGAGCCCACCGACGUCGGAGCAAAGACAUCGAGACCCCGGGGCUCCCACGACCUCUCUCCCUCCGCAGUCUGGCCCGCCUGCACGGCGGCCCCGAGGCCCCGCCACCCUCCAAGGAUGGGGAGGCCGCACAGACGCCGCAGCUCUACACCACCUUCCUGCCUCCCUCGGAGGGCGGGCCCCCGCCCGAGCUGGCCUGUCUGCCCACGCCGGAGUCCACCCCGGAACUGCCGGUCAAGCGCCUCCACGCCGCAGGAGGGCCCUGGGAAUGGAACCAGAACGGCAAUAACGCCAAGGAGGGCCCGGGCCGGGCGCGGGCGGGCCCGGCGGGCGGGUGCGCGCCGCGCGUGCUGGUGAGGCCGCCGCCGCCGGGCUGUCCUGGGCAGGCGGUGGAGGUGACCACGCUGGAGGAGCUGCUGCGCUACCUGCACGGCCCGCAGCCUCCUGGGCCGGGCGCCCAGCCCUCGGUCCCGGCCUCCGCGGCCUUCACCUCGCGGGCGCCCCCGCCGGAGCCCGGGCCGGGCCUGUUGGCCGACUGCAGUCCCCUCCCGCGCGAGUGCGCGCCGCCGCUGAGGCUGGACGUGCCCCCCGAGGGCAAGUGCACGGCCCCCUGCGCGCGGCCCGCGCUCUCCGCCCCGGCGCCCCGCCUCGGGGUGGCGGGGAGCCGUCGGCCGCCUUCCGCCCACCGUGCGCCCCCAGCCCUGCUCACCCGCGUCCCCUCAGGGGGCCCCGCCAGGUACUCCGGGGGGCCCGGGAGGCACCUCCUCUACCUGGGACGGCCGGAGGGCCACCGAGGCCGCGCUCUGAAGAGGGCGGACGUCGGGGCGCCGCAGUCGACUCUGAGGCCGCCCCUCCUCGGGCCGGCCGCUCGCCUGGCUGUGCCCGACGGCAGCCAUUUUAACUUUUAAAGGAGCUGCUCCACCGCCUCACCGGGGCCCUUGAGGCCCAGGUCCUCGAGGGCGUGGGGGUGGACGCGUCUCCGAGGACAGGUCACCUCCGGCCUUCUGGACUCCGAGUCCCCGGGGUCUGGCCCCGGGCUUAUUUAUUGACUGUCUUUCCCCCAGUCCUCAAGAGGAGUGGGAGGCAGAAGCCGUCCCUCAGCGAGCCACAUUCCGGGACUGGCAGACCUCCAUCCCCUCUCCCUUCCAGCCAAGCUGCCUUAACUCGCCCUCGGGGCUGCUUCCACGGACCGAGCCCCGGGCGGGCGCGCGGACAGACGUGGCUGGGGCCACGCAGCGUCGUGCCGCGUCUCGGGCCUCCCGGGACUGGGACGUGCCUCCUCCUACUGUGUAGGAGCCUCCGCUCCCCAAUACAGCUGUGUCCCUGA